AUGACUGGGAGAUUAAGACACAUUGUGCUUGGUAUAAUCAACAAACUCGUGUACUCACCUACCACAGAAGAACAAGAAUUCUAUCUUCUUAACAUAGUGAUUCAGAGUUAUGGCUAUGAUGCUGUAGCAGUUUUAUUGUUUUUAGUUUUGUCUAAAUAUGAUUUUUCCAUAUAUAGUUUGAAAUGUUUUGAACAUCUUGACAUCAUCAAAGCCGAAUCAGAAAAUGCAUGCCCUAGUGUAGUUUCUUGUGUUGAUCUUCUUGUGGUGGCUGCUUAUGACAGUGUGAUUCUAGCUGGUGGACCAUUUUAUCCAGCUACACAGGUAGAAAAGACAACAGUCGAUCUUUCUCUCGGCUCUCCUAUGAGCUUCUAG